AUGCUGCUGGAGGAGUGCUCGGAGGCUCCUCUGUUAUCAACGGCACUCGGCAACACCAUGUGGUUGUGCGAUUUUCUGCGCCCGUAUCUCGAAAAAGCAUACACUCUGUCACCUCCCGACCCGGACACGGACCAAGAUCUCGCGUCCUCGCCCCAGUUUCCAGGGAAUGGCCUGAUCCAAGUGACCUAUACUGCUCUCAAGGAGAAAGGAAACCAUGAUUUGAUCCGGGCGGGGAAUGAAACCUUUCAGGAAAAGGGCUAUGAGUAUACAGGCGAAUUCAUUGCGCAUGAGUCGGCUUGCACUCACGCAUAUACCGCUGCGAUCGAUCCCAUUUCUGGAAAGCGAAGUAGCGCUAACUCUCAAUAUGCUACCGCACUGUCUGGACGAGCCAAUGUGACAAUUGAAUAUUGGAGACCGGGUCGACUCAGCAACCUUGGAAUUCUUGUUCUUAUUGGGAACCCCAACGUUGGCGAGAAUCUCCAGAAUCGCCUUAUGAGUAUCGUCGCUAUACCGCUAAGCACUGGAAAGGCAAAGAAUGUGGCUUUUGGUAUCCUGGUGCUAGCGUUUGCCCGCCUCAUCGAGCAAGAUCAGGAGAGUCUACUCGUCAAACACGGGCCAUUUGACCAGCAGCAGGAGAAAGUCAUCUCUUCAAUUUUCCAAUCACCGGGACAUGCAUCAGCGGCCUUUUUAUUUAGCAAGGCUACCAGUGACCUGACUAUAACGGGUGUAAUUCCCAGUUACCCCUUCUCCCGCGGCAAUAUCCACAUUUCCUCUGCGGACCCAAACGCACAGCCCACCCUGGAUCCUAGAUUCUUCACACACGAAUUGGAUAUCGAAAUUACGGCACGGCACGUUCAGACUUUACACCAGCUACCUUCAUCUCCUGCUCUGAAACCGUAUUUCCAGCUAACCGCUAGCCCAGGAGACCUCGAGACGAUUAAGGAGUCACUUCGCAAGAAUUCUCUGCGUUAA